CUUCUCUUCUUCUUAUCUCCUUCUUCUCUGAUCACCUUCUCCCAUCACUAAUCACUAAUCUUUUUAUUUUUCAACUCCUUCUUCUUACUAUAUAUAUAGACACAGAGUUUUGUAAUUAAACCAAAACCAUAUUUACAUACACAUUUAUAUAUGUGUGUGUAUUUGUAUGGGUUUUUGGAGUUUGAAGAAUUGAUUGUAAUUGAUGGAUCUGAUAUGAUGUAGAUUCUUGUGAAAUUUUAAGAAGCGGAUAUAUAAGAGGAUGGAGAUGGAGAUGGAGUUUGAUGAGGAGCGCGAAGAGGAGAUGGAGAUGGAGGAUAUGGAGGAAGCUGGGAAUUAUCAGACGCCGGCGGGGAGAGGAAUGGAAGGUGCUCCGGCGGGGGGUGUUGGGAGGAAGAGCGGCGGCGGGAGCGCGGCGGCGAAUACGACGACGAAUUAUCGGUAUAAAGAGUGUUUGAAGAACCAUGCGGUGGGGAUUGGCAGGCACGCGGUGGACGGUUGCGGCGAGUUUAUGCCGGCGGGGGAGGAAGGGAGUUUGGACGGACUGAAAUGCGCGGCGUGCAAUUGUCACCGGAACUUUCACCGGAAAGAGGCGGAGAGUGAGGGGUACGCGCGCCACCAAAGCCCUCAUCAUCACCUCCACCCGCUCCACCACCACUUCUCCACUUUCUCCUCCUACCGGUCCCCCCACCCGUCCGGCUACCUCCACGUCACCCCGCCGACGCAGCACCGCCCGCUGGCGCUCCCCUCCUCGUCCCGGGACGAGGAGGACAUGUCCAAUCCCAGCAGCAGCGGCGGCGGCGGUUCAAAGAAGCGGUUCCGGACGAAGUUCACGGCGGAGCAAAAAGACAAAAUGCUGGCGCUGGCGGAGCGGUUGGGGUGGCGCAUACAGAAGCAGGACGAGGCCGCCGUGCAGCAGUUUUGCGCGGAGGCGAACGUCAAAAGCCACGUGUUCAAGGUCUGGAUGCACAACAACAAACACACCCUCGGUAAAAAACCCUAAUUUCCUUUGCUUUCAUCUUCCUUAAAAUCACCAGUACUUGAGAGACCUCCCAUGGCGGCUUCCUUCCUAUGCAUAUGGAAAUGUCAUUAUUAUUUAAUUAACCAUCCAAAUCAUCACUUCAGAACACUCAGAUUAAGAAACUAUUUAGUUUAGGGUUCCUUAAUCUCCUAUCCAAUCAUCUAAUCCCAUCCUAUCCUUUAAUUAACCACCCAGUUCUCUUUUCCCCCUUAAUUUUGUAUCUUUCUCUGUAGACUGUAAUACAGUACCGAUUAAUGAGUUUCAAGAUCAUCAUUUCUUCAA